GUAACAUUACUCGAGCUGAUCUUAACCUCCAUGUAACCUUAACCGUCGCGGAAGCUCCCAGUCCCAGCACGUCGCUUUGCAGCUCGGUUAAGCAUUGUAGCUGAAGCCCCUCAUAUUAUGUGUGACUUAUAUUAGCUCUGCCUUGUUGCUGAGGCAGCUGAUACAAAAAGGUAAUUUACCUGCAACUUUGGCGGGCUUACUCGAGCAGCGCAUAUCCCUACGGUAUACAGGCCCUUGGAGAUAGUAUCUAACGUGCACGUAUCUCAGGCUACGUGCCGUCUGCACGAACACGGCACGCCCAUCCGCGGCCAGGCUGGCUGGUCGGUCUACCAGAGCCUUCCGCCUGCAAUCUGGGCUUUGGCGCCAGCCCAAGACAUGAGCCCAACGCCUCACUUCCGCAGACCCUCGCUUAGUGCAGCUGGUGACGACGCACCUAUAAGUUCUCGCAGCUAAUUACACCACACACACCAGCCAACCACCCGGUUCGGUACGGCCUUCUACACCUGUCGUACACCCUCCAUCUGUGCCUCAAGAAAGAGGCAGGGACAGAACUGCUUAUAACAAGACGUCUGCGCACGUGUGUGUGCGUGUGCGUGCGAUCUCCACAUUAACACUUGAGGGAGGCGCGUACGUGCGUGUGCACUCUCCACGUCCGCCUGCCGUACAGCGUGUACGGCAGGCCCUAGAUGGGCAACAUCGAUGACCUGUAUGACCGUGACAAGAAGACGCUGCUGGGAACCGGCACGUACGCCACCGUCUACAGUGCUGUCUGCAAGCGCACCGGCGAGCGAGUGGCGCUGAAGAAGCUCCGCAAUGUGAGCACAACGACAGCAGCGGCGGCGCCCGCGAUGGGAGGGGCCAGGGAUGGCAUCAUGGCGACACCCAUGAUGAAGACGCCCUUCGGCUGCUACAACCCUGGUGGCGGCGGUGGUGGCGGUGCUGGCGGCGGCGGCAUUGCCGGGAAGCCGCUGAUGCCCGCUGGAGCAGCGGGAGCAGUGGCGGCAGGCGGUGCUGCGGGUAGCGCUGGAGGAGGAGGAGGAGGGGGCUGCGGUGCGGACGAUCGCGGCGGCGUGUCGCAGGCGGCGCUGCGCGAGAUCAAAGUCUUGCGGGAGUUGCGGCACCCGCACAUCAUCCGUCUGCGGGAAACCCUGCACCAUAAGAAGACGCUGGUGCUGGCAUUCGACUACGCGGCCGGGGGCGAUCUGGAGCUGCUGUUGUACGGCAGUAGCAACGGCAGCGGUGGUGGCGGUGGCGGCGCCAGCAGCGGCAGUGGCAGCGGAGGUGUGCCCGGCGCGCCCCCUCCGCUGGAUCCGGCGGUCGUCAAGGCGCAUUUGAAAGCCCUGCUUGAAGCUCUGGCGUACUGUCACGAACAGGGAGUGCUCCACCGCGACGUCAAGCCCAACAACUUGCUGCUGGACGGCGCAGGGCGGCUGCUGCUGGCGGACUUUGG